GCCCCUUCCCUUUGAUAAAUAACGAACAGUCCCUUAGCGCUUUUGAAUAUGGUGUUCCGGUAGGUCCACUUGUUUCCCUCCACUCUUUCUGUCUGUUGGAGGGAAAAAAAGACCUCAAACAAAUGUGAAAGCGCGUGACUCCUUGUGGCAAUCUUGUGAGCACCGGCGCGCGCCCCUCAUAAAACACGUGCGCGUGCUCGCUGUGUGUUUUUUACCACGAGCGCUCCGUCCGAGGCGUGACAACGGAAGCGCGUUCACGUGUUCGCCACCGGCUCCUGCGCUGAGACAGAGAGCAUCAUCAAAACACUGGCAUAGCCCACAGCUUCCUCUGCCCGGAUAUCGAGAGAGGACAACAGGGGAUUUAGAGGUUAAAUUAAAAACAACAACACGAGAGACCAGGGAGGCAGUGCGCCAAGGAGCCGAGGAGAAACCAGCGUCCUCGCAGCAGCAGCAGCGGCGGGAGUAGUAGUAGAGAAAGGAGCAGAUUCGAGGAUUUUCCGUGUCGGUUGCCCGGUGCUCCACACACCCUGUGCCUUUGAUCCAGCAGCGGGGAGGAGCGGAGGACCCGAGAGGAGGCUGUGCAGAGAGGAGGAGGACCAUGGAGGGGAUGCAGGCAUACGGAGCCGGGAAAGCCGGAGGAGCCUUCGACCCCGUCACCUUCUUCCAGCAGCCUCAGACUAUUCUCCGCAUAGUGUCUUGGCUCUUCUCCAUCGUAAUCUUCGGCUGCAUCGCCAAUGAGGGCUACAUCAAUCGCCCCAACGAAGCGAAGGAGUACUGCAUCUUCAAUCGCAACCAGAACGCCUGUAAUUAUGGAGUCUUCAUGGGCUCCAUGGCCUUCCUCUGCUGCAUGGCCUUCCUGGCUCUGGAUGUCUACUUCCCCCAAAUCAGCAGCGUCAAAGACCGUAAGAAGGCGGUGCUGGCUGAUGUAGGGGUGUCAGCGUUCUGGUCCUUCAUGUGGUUUGUGGGUUUCUGUUUCUUGGCAAACCAGUGGCAGGUGAGCAAACCUGAAGACAACCCGCUGAAGGAGGGAGGAGACGCUGCCCGGGCAGCCAUCACCUUCUCCUUCUUUUCCAUCUUCACCUGGGCGGGCCAGUCCUUCCUGGGCUACCAGAGGUACAAGCUGGGGGCUGACUCAGCCCUCUUCUCCCAGGAGUACACGGACCCCAGUCAGGAUGCAGCCGGAGCCCCUUACACCUCCUUCGGUGGGGACGACCUGGAGAGCCCAGGAGGAGGAGGAGGGGGCCAGACUAACAGCGAUGGGGCCUUUGACGGCACCGGGGGCUACCAGCGUCAGGACUACUAGAUAUUGUGAGGAAAUAUACUAAGAGGGUCUAGUGAAGUUGCCCAUAGUUCCUAAUUUAGAGUUGGGUUUGUAUGGUUUAAUUCUCACAGACUGGGUUAAUAUUGCACCAUACAAUACCAGAAGCAAAUGGGUUGUUUUGAUCCAGUGUUAUGCGCAACAACCUUAAAGGCACAGUUCACCCCAAAAUCAAAAAUUCAUAUUUUUCAUUGUACCUUCUACUAGCUCACGUAGCUCUUCUGAGCUAACUAUGUAGCUCAGCCAAGGAGGACGCCAUUAAUGUUUACAUCCCGUGCUGUCACAUGCAUGAGCCUCUCAUCCACGUUGCACACAUGCAGUUGCUGGGUGUAGUUCGGUGGAAAGAAAGUAGUUCCUUUAUGAAACUGCUCACAACAAAAAUCUGUGGGUUGUCUUCAGUAACUGAGUCAUGAUUUCUGGAGAGAGACAUCGCUUUUGAGUUUUUCAAAUGUAAUUUCUUGGUGUUUUAAGCACCACAAGCCAAGUGCCAUCUGGUUGCAUUAUAUUGGAGAGCAGGCAGAGAUCUCUACGCUCGAUAUCUCCAACACUCGGCAACUCGAACUAAAACUACCUAGAUGGAUAAAUCGCACUAUAGGUACGAGUAAAAAUAUGUAUUUUGACUUUUUGGUGAACUGUCUCUUUGAGUUUUUGCGUGAACAUUCUUCAUCGAUUGGAGUGGACAGAAACAAAAACAUCAGAAAGAAUCCUAAUGAAAAAAAUGUUUAGGCUAAUGAUUUUUGAUUGCAUUUAGAAUGCAAAUCAAUCAUUACAAUAUUUUGUGUUCGAAACCUAAUUGGGUUCUUAAAGGGGUAAUUUUAGUGUAUUCGUGCAAUAAUGAAUGCACUUAGAAGUUGGUGUAUGUCAUACCUGUGACAUCUGAGUUAUUGGGCUGAUUUACAUGAAAAGCUAAAUUCGUCUCUAGGCCAGCAACUGUGGGCAGCUUCCCAGAUUUUGGGACAAGAUGUCAAUUAGGUGCGAGUCUGCAGUAGAACAACAGCAAAGGGUUCGUGGGAAAGAGUUGUGGGAUGCAGCGAGUGAGCUUAAAGAUGUCAGGAACAGUUAAGGGGGGAAAGGGAGUGUUGGAAGAGUUGGGAGUUUGCAGAAAUGGUCACUCUGUAGCAGGUCAGUGCUUGUGACCACAUUGCCUUCAUCCUCUGCUGUCAGUCAGCAAAACGACUGCGAUCAGUGUUAGUUGAAAACACACACACACCUGCAAGCACAGGACAUAUAGAUUUUGAAUAUACAACACAAGUUUUUGCUGACGAAACUCCUUAGAGGUACAUUUCAGGAUCAAACAGGCAACAGUGGCAUAUCUGGCAACUAAUCCCCUCAGCUGUCACACAGGAGUGUUUGUGCGUGGGUCGAAAGGUCUCCUUUGGGAUUUUUUAUUUAUGUGUGGGUGUGGGACAGUGUGUCUUUUCUUAUUUCCCUUAAGAAGCCUCUUUUUCUUUCCUCGAUUGUUGCCUUAGUGCUGACUGCCAAGCAAAAUUCACUGAACACAGGGCAACAUAAAUCCAACACGCACCGUAUCACAACUCUCUUACAGCAUCUUUAAAACGAAAAAUAUAAAACUAACUAAAAUUCUGUCUUAUUUUUGUCCCUAAGCAUGAAAAAUCCUGAACAAAACAAGCAUUUGUCAACAUUAUAGAGCAUCCCAAAUUCAAAAGUUUCAUAUCAGCAGACCUACAAUGUACCACACUGGAAAAACUACAGGUUAUUUAUCUGCGUUUUUCACUUCAUUUUAACAGUUACACACUGAUGAGGCAAACAUGAACAUCCUGAGUAUU